AUGUCCAAACAUAAUAAUCUUACGACGGAUGAGGCAACACAAAACUCGGGAACUACUUUUACUCGGGCACCAACCCAUCGAAGAAACAAAUCUUCUGUUUGGAACCACUUCACUCCUGAUCCAGAUUUGAUUGGAAUAACUAGAUGCAACUACUGUGACUCUAAGUUAAAGUCCAAUAAUGGGAUGACUUCCAUGAUCGGACAUUCAAAGAUAUGCAAGAGUAACCCAAACAGUGAAGCAAAUAAGAGAUUGAAAACAACUCCAUCAUCAACAACAAAUGUGACUUCUCCUUCAGCAAUUGGGUUAGGAAAAUUUGACCAAGAGAAAUGUAGGCAGGCAGUGGUUGAUAUGAUUGUGGAAAUGGAGCUUCCGUAUAUGCAUGUAGAUCAUAAAGCUUUUCGUCGUUGUAUGAGUGUAUUGCAACCAAGAUUUAUUCCAAUCUCCCGAAGCACAGUAGCACGUGAUGUUUUGGCUUUAUGGGAUUUUGAAAGGGAAAAAUUGAAGACCUUUCUUUCCCAACAUUGUCGAAGUGUGUGCUUGACCACAGAUGGUUGGACUUCAUGUCAAAACAUGACUUACAUGUGCAUAACAGCACAUUUUAUAGACAACAACUGGAAAUUACACAAAAAGAUUUUGAGUUUUGUUAGGGUCUUAAGUCAUUCAGGAGAAGUAAUAGCAAAUACAGUUGCAAAAUGCUUGGACAAUUGGGGGUUGAAUAAUGUUUUAACUGUGACGGUUGAUAAUGCGGCGUCAAAUGAUCGUGGGAUUGAAAAUCUAAAAAAGAGGCUAAGGUUAAGGAAUGAUUUGGUUUUGAAUGGAGAUCACUUUCAUACAAGAUGUUGUGCACAUGUCAUGAAUUUAGUGGUUAAAAAGGGUUUAAAAGAAAUUGACAUUUCUGUUUCUAGAAUCAAGGGUGCUGUUAAGUAUGUUAAGUCUUCUCCGGGUCGAGAACAUAAGUUUUUGGCAUGUGUUAGAAGUAGACAUAUUGAAUACAAAGGUAGUGUUCAAUUUGAUUGCGAGACUCGAUGGAAUUCAACAUACGACAUGUUGAAGGCUGCUGUACAACUUGAAAUGGCAUUUGUUGAGCUUGGUAUUAUUGAUACAAAAUAUUGUCAAGAACUUGAGAGUGGGAGCAAAAUUCCUACUCCUUUAGAUUGGGAGAAGGCACGUGGGGUCGCUCAAUUUUUGGAAGUUUUUAAGGCUUCCACUUUGCGCAUAUUGGGUUCAACAUAUGUGAUAAGAUAG